GCCAGCCACUGGCCUCAAAACAGCAAUACAUGUACCUCACAACCUCACAAGAAAGCAAGGCAAACAAACACAGCUCAAACACCACCUAUCAACCAAGAAACGCCAACCAUGAACAAUGAUGACGCCCCUAUCGAUGCGGCAGGGCCACUACUAGUACCUGAUCGUGCCCAGAACGGGGAGGAUAAUGGGGAUGUACCACAUGCAAAUCAGGCAGAACAGCAGCUGGUGGCGCUGUUGGUGGCAGCACAACUCGUGCAGGUGCCGCCACAGAUUAUGUGGCCAUUGGGGGCAUACAGCGUCAUUCGUUUGAUCUUGACGGCUCAGGAGCGCCGGCAGGCUCUCAACAUCAAACAGGCGGUUCAAAAUGAUGCCAACAUUGAGAUUUCUGUAUCAGAUUUCUGGUAUGCUCAGUUGGCCUUGGUGGACGGGGAUGACCUUGAGGCAUCUCUGGAACGAGUUGCCAAGCUACAGUGGUUUCAACAAGAGUAUGGCGGGAUAGAAGAGACUGUAGACUGCGGCGUUGCAGUCUUGAGAGAAGCAAUGGAUAUGUAUCCUGGAUUGUUUUUGGCUUUCACUUUCAACAAUGUAACAGGCAGCUACGCACUGGUUAUAGACUUUACAAAGCUUCAUGACAAACCUGGGUCGAAAAGCAGGGGUAGAGAUGGAGUAUUGGUAGUUAUGAAGACGUUGUUCUUUUUUUUUCACGCAAUGCAAUGCGACUUUGAGUCUAUGCGACAAGGGAUUGCGCUCUUGCUUGAACUUGAUGGAUUUGAUUGGAAAAAGAACUUUGGAUCCAGUCUGCCAAGGCGUAUUUAUUCCGAGUGUACCUCCAUGUACCCCAGGCGAUUGCGGCAAUGCAAGAUCUUUCAUGCUGGCCUCUUUGGCAACUUGCUCUUCUCCAUGAUGAAGGGAUUCACACCCUCACACGUUCACUCCAAGUUUGAUCACGCCAUAUCCCCCUUUGGAAGGCUAGAUGCCUUAUACCAGUCUCCAAGCGUGGAGGUUGCUAAUGACGAAUUGGUGCAACGGUUCAAAGAUGCCCUACAGAGACGGUUUGCCAACGAAGCUGCAUUCACGUUGUGAGAUCGAUCGACGUGACCUUCUAAAGCCAGCCGGAUCUACUACACUUUAAUAAACAAGAAUCCUGUUGCUCGAGUU